UCACAAAUCCUCCAAUUACAAGCUCUAUAUAAACUUCCAUUACCUCCGAAAAACCACCGGUUCACGCCAUAAGUAAUCCAAAAGAAAUCGGUUCGAAUAUAAUUUGAAAUUUGAAAAACUGGUAGCCGGAGUUGCAGAAAAGAUGAAGAAUACCGGAAAGAGUAGCAAAGGUGCCGGAAAAUCGUCGGACGUGAGGAAAGAUAGGAGAUCUGGUACUGGAACGAUUGGAUCACCAAAGAAAGGAGGUCAUGGCGGGAAGUUUACUUGGGCCGGAGAUGGCUUUUCGCCGGCUGAGAUUGGAGUUGAGAAACAGGUUUUUGAUGUUAAGGAUCCUAACUUUGAAGAUCCUGAUGAAAUCGUGAAUGAUAAGUAAUUGUGUUGUCUAUGAUGGUAGUGUGAGAUCGUUAUUAUUAUCAUCAUCGAUCGUUGCCUUUGGUUUUUUUUUUUCUUAAUCUAGUUUUUAUGAUGAGAUCAUGAAAAAUGUUUAUGAAUAAAUUUGUAGAAAUUGCGGUUUUAAUUGUUGAUGUUUGCUUCUACUUUUUUUAAUGAUAUUAUCUUAGCUAAAUCGUGAAAGAAAACUUUUGUAAGAUGUUUAAAAUUGAUGUGGUUUUGAUUUGGAUGGUUUCUGGAAA